AUGGCGGCCCUUGUGUCGCCCUUGGCUACUGCGCGCUGCUUGCUGCGGGCUCUGGGCUGCCGCGGCCGCCUGCUCCCGCCGCACAGAGCCUACACAGCUCAGGCAGAUGAGAAGACAGGCCCUGCUACUCCUACAGAUGCUCAUGCCAGAGCCUUACAGGUUUGCAAUGGACCUUUAGAACAUUAUGACUUUUUGAUUAAGCAUCAAGAGCUGAAGAAUGACGAGCAACAAAGAAGAGUUGUGCAGCACCUGCAGAAACUGCAUGAGAGCCUUAAAGGCUACAGCAUUGAUUCGAAAAAUGUUCUUUCACAGCUCUUUGCCAAAACCGACCCCCCAAAAGGUCUUUAUGUCUAUGGAGAUGUUGGCACAGGAAAGACAAUGGUGAUGGACAUGUUCUAUUCUCACUUAGAAGUAGAAAAGAAAAAGAGAGUCCAUUUUCAUGGCUUCAUGUUGGAUGUACACCAGAGAAUACAUCGCCUUAAGCAGAACUUACCAAAGAGAAAAGCAGGAUUUAUGGCCAAAUCAUACGACCCAAUUGCACCUGUGGCAGAGGAAAUAAGCAGAGAGGCUGCUCUCCUGUGUUUUGAUGAGUUUCAGGUCACUGACAUUGCUGAUGCCAUGAUUCUGAAGCAGCUUUUUGAAAAUCUCUUCCAAAAUGGGGUUGUCGUUGUGGCGACAUCUAACAGGCCGCCAGAAGAUCUCUAUAAAAAUGGUCUUCAGAGGGCUAAUUUUGUACCAUUCAUUGCUGUGCUGAAGAAAUACUGCAGCACAGUCCAGCUUGAUUCUGGAAUAGACUACAGGAAACGAGAGCUUCCAGCUGCUGGAAAACUUUACUACCUCACAAGUGAAGCUGAUGUGGAGGCUGUCAUGGAUAAGUUGUUUGAUGAGCUGGCUCAGAAACAAAAUGAUUUAACUAGACCAAGGAUUCUGAAAGUGCAAGGCAGAGAGCUGGGGCUGAAUAAAGCAUGUGGAACCAUUGCAGACUUCACGUUUGAAGAGCUGUGCGACAGACCUCUUGGAGCCAGCGACUAUUUGGAAAUAUCAAAGCAUUUUGACACAGUGUUUGUUCGUGACAUACCACUCCUUACAAUAGCAAAAAGGACACAAACUCGUCGUUUCAUUACUCUUAUUGAUACCUUUUAUGAGCAUAAGGUGCGCAUUAUCUGUUCUGCAGCAGCCCCUCUCCAAAGCUUGUUCCAGGUGAAACAGGACAGUGCUGAACUGCAGGACAACAGAGUGUUGAUGGAUGAUUUGGACUUGAGCCAGGAUUCUGCCAAAGGACUCUCCGUGUUUACAGGAGAAGAGGAAAUCUUUGCCUUUCAGCGUACUCUCUCACGGCUCACAGAAAUGCAAACUGAACAGUACUGGAAUGAUGGGGACAGAAGCAAAAAAACAUAAUUAAAAGUUGAAUGAAAUCACCAAGAAGUAAAAUUACAGCAUGAAAUCACCAAGAAGAAAAAUUGGAAAAGCUUCAGGAAAGCACUGGAAAGUUUUUUAGCACAACUUGAAUAAUAAUUGCACUUUAUCAUCUGGACCAUGUUUUCUUUCAUCAAUAGUUUUUUGAGUUUAAGACAUGAGGUCUCAAUUAUUUGUCUGUACCACCAGUGUGUGGACAUGUGAAAUUCUGCCUUCAUUUGUUCUUCUUCAAACCUGUCUGGAUGUCUGGCUCCAUGCAGUGGUGGUGAAUGGAAUUACCUCCAGCUGGUGGCUGGUCACCAGAGGUGUUCCCCAGGGCUCAGUAUUGGGGCCAGCCCUCUUCAGUAUCUUUAUGCAUGGUAUGGACAAGGGGAUCAAAGUGCACCCUCAGUAAGUUCACAGAUGAUGCCAAGUUGGGUGGGACUGUUGACCUGCAGGAGGGCAGGAAAUCUCUGCAAAGGAUCUGGACAGGCUGGAUCAAUGGGCUGAGGCCAGUUGUAUGAGGUUCUACAUAGGACAAGUGCCAGGUCCUGCCCUUGGGUCACAACAGCCCUGGGCAGCACUAAGGGCUGGGGCAGAGGGGCUGGAAAGUUGCCCAGGAGAAAAGGACCUGGGAGUGCUGGAAAACAGAACAUGAGUCAGCUGUGCCCAGGUGGCCAAGAAUGCCAAUGGAAUCUCAGCCUGUAUCAGCAACAGUGUGGCCAGCAGCACCAGGGAUUGUUCCCCUGUACUCAGCACUGGUGAGGCCUCAGCUUGGGUGCUGUGUCCAGGCUGGGCCCCUCACUACAAGAAGGACAUUGAGGGGCAGGGGCGAGUCCAGAGAAGGGCAAUGAAGCUGGUGAAGGGUCUGGAGCAUCAGUCCUGUGAGCAGCAGCUGAGGGAGCUGGGGGUGUUUAGCCUGGAGGAAAGGAGGCUUGGGGAGGCCUUACUGCUCGCUCUUAACUGCGUGAAAGGAGGGUAUAAUGAGGGGAGGUUUGGACUCUUCUCCCAGGCAACCAAUGACAGAAUGAGAGGACAGAGCCUCAAGCUGCUCCAGGGGAGAUUCAGGUUGGACAUGAUGAAGAAUUUCUUCACUGAAAGUGUUGUCUAGUAUUGGAACAGGCUGCCCAGGGAGGUGGUGGAGUCACCAUAUCUGGAAGUGUUUAAGAAAUUGCUGGACAUGGCACUUAGUGCUGUGGUUUAUUUGAUAGGGUGAGGUUUGGACAAAAGUUGGAUUCGAUGAUCUUGGAGUUUUUUCCCAACCUUAAUGAUUCUCUAAAAUAUACCUUUGAUGUUCAGGAAGUUUGAUGGGAUUAGAAUUUUUCUGGAGAAUUGUUCUACAGACAAAGUUAAUGGGGCGGGGCGCUAUGCAGAGUAAUUUUAUGAUGUCACAUAAAGUGGGUAUUUCAGUGAUUAUGCACUGCUUCUGUCAUGUAUAAUGCUGCUUGCACAAAAAAAAAAAUCAAAUGCUUCUUUAAGAAAUUCCUGAUAUUGUCCAUGCUAGAUUCCUGGAACUCCUCUGUAGUGUGUUUUGGUUUUGGUUUUUUUUCUAUUCUCUUCAGUCUAGCGAUGUGUUGACAUGCAGGCUCCAGGAGUUUUUUUUCAAAUCAGACUGUUGCUCAGUCUGGUUCAUUGAAAGCUAAUGGUUUUAGCCAAGAGAGAACCCUGAGGAGGAGCUUUAAGGUACUUGAAGCUGCACAGGAUUAAGAUUUAAAUAAUGGAUGAGAAAAGAGACCUUGAUAAGACAGGGUAUGCUGUAACAGUAAGUGCAAGUUCAUAUUCUUCCUAAAUUUUGUGGUUCUUGCAAGCCUGGAUAUGCUGCCUCUACACCAGUGACAUCUCUACCCUGAAUUUUCUUGUGCUUCUUCUACACCAAGCCUUCCACUGCUGCUGACACACCUGCCCUAGUCUGGGGGGAGCAGUACUCAGUACUACUGAGGCAAUUCAUCACGUUACCAUAGGAAUGUGUUUUAUGGAAAAGAUAGGAUAGGAACUGAUACCUCAAGACACAUCACCCAUCCUCAUGUUUGUAGUUGGAAACUCUAUUUUAGAGUUGAAGAUACAGUGGUGUCAUUCUUGAUUUUAAUCUAACUGAAACAAAACAUGGUAUUGUGUGUAUUGGCUUAUUGUGUAUUUUUAUAAAGUAAUCUUAAGAGCAUAUUUAGAAACUUUGAGUAGAAAAAAACAUGUAGAUGGACUGAAAAGACUGCACUCAUGUCCUAGGGAGGAGAUGUAUAACACACUGUCCCCAACUAUAAGAGGUUUUGUUGGAUUUUGGCAACAUGACUUUUUUCUGUCUCUUACCAAGUUGUCUCCCAUCACAAUUACAAAAGGCAUCCAGAAGGGCCUUCUGGGCAGCAGGGAGGGCGGGAGAGGUCCUGUGCACUUACUUUUGUUAGGGAGCCACAUGCUCAAUUCUAGUUUUCUGUUCUGAUCCCUUCUACUUGUCCUGGAAGUUACUUAUUCUGGCUAUACCUGCUCUUCAAAUAAUUUUUAAAGCCUAUAUUUAUAGUUUGCAACUAAUGGAACUGUAUUAUUAUUCCCACAAGGGUGACUACCAUGGAGAAUUUUAAUGCAUAUUUAUGAAAAUUCCAAUCAGAAUUCAUUGUUUAUAUUAAGAAUAUCCAAAUAAUUGUUGUAUGCUUUCAGAGUUUUGGAUUAGGUUUCUCAACCGAGGGACUAUUGACAUUCAUGCAUGUGUGUCUGUAUAUACAAACACAUAUGUAUAUUUAAUUUAUACAUGUACAUAUAAAUCUAGAUAAAACUAAUAUAUAUGAUUUAAAUGUAUGUGUUUCUGUAUUUAUAUGUGGCACUUUAUACUUAUCAGCCUGGGACUAUGCUGAUAACUCUCCUGAAGCUUCAGCCUUGAGUUUUUUUGAGUAGCAUUCAAAUGCCUCCUGCCUUGAACCAGAAUGUGUUGUAGGAAAAUGGGAGAUGGUGGUAGAUAACCUAAGGCACUUUGCAUCUGGAUAUUUAUUUACAUUUGCCUAAAAACUAUUUAUAUGUUUAGCCUGUAUGUCCUUCUCUGUCAGGUGGUAUAGGGGAAAUGUGCAAUUUUGCAGAACACAGAUGACACGUCUGGGACAUAUGGGAGAGGAGGUCCUGGCAGGUUCUUCAUUCCCACAGAGACUGCCUCAGGCCAGGGAAGUGAGGUGUUUCUCCACUGUCUGUGUGGGUGAUGAUGAAGCUCCUUUAACCACAGGAUCCCUGUUUGUGUUCAAACUGCUGCUGCUUUGCCCAUUGGUAUUUGAGGCUUUUCUGCAGUCUGAAUGCACACCCCAAACUCAGAUGCCCCAGGUUUUUGAAAGCAGUGGGACUGAUGUACCACUGAAAUGCAGUGGGACUGAUGUACCACUGAAGGCCUCUAAGGAUAUAGGUGAGCUCUGUGAAAACACAGGAGGGAAGUCCCCCAAAAGCUUCCAGAGCCAGCACUACUUCUGGGACAUAUUGCUAAAUAACACCAUAGUGCAGUCUUUCCUUGGCCAGCAAGGAAUUUGUCUGUUGGGAGUCCCUGGUAUGUACCAGCAAUAAUCAAGGAAAAGAAAUGGGGAAGAUUCCAGAGUGUUUUGAGGCUGAAAACAAGAAAAGUUGCCUAAAUCGCUGUGCUGUAUUUGUGAUUGUGCUGCAGAGGGAGGUUUGCCACUUUUGGGUCAGGUCCACAAGGAGAAAUUUAUUGGACUGGUUUCUCAGCCAGCCCAGAUGUGGCCAGGGCAGAGGGUGCCCCUGUAACCACAGAAGCAGCAAAUUUAUGCCCAUCUACCUCCCUGAAGAAAGUGAGGCCCUAUUUGCUUAUUUGAUGGUGCUGUAGCAUGUAUAAAGCCUUUUUCCAGUGCUGAGUUGGAGGUGCUGCUUCUGGGGUCAGACACCUUCCAGGCAACUGGUGCUGGCCAGAAUCUCACUGAUACCAUGGACAAGAGUGGCUUUGUUGUGCCCCAGGGUGCUGGGCCACCUGUGCUCCCAGCUGUCCUGUCCCCUGCUGCCUGGCCUGCUCCUGCUGCUGUGAGACAGCAACAGUCCAUGACUUUAUUCCACAUGAAGAUGUUGUACUUGCCAAAAUGUAAACAGUGAGAUGCCUGUCUCUAAAUUAUGCAUGUUCCAUAAUAGCCUUAAAAAUUGCUGGAUUUGUGCUGAAUGCUUCUAUCCAGAGUUUAAGUCCUGGCUUUUUAGGUUUUCCUUAACUUGUGAAUUCAUGUCAUCUCAGAUCUGCAACAAAUUUUUAUUUCCUUUAGUCGUUCAGCAAACACUAUUGACAAAUUACUUUUAAAGGCCUUUUCAAGUGACCUUUAUUGAUGUGGUAUAGUAUUUUGCUGUCAUAGGAAGUAAAAUCCUGGUGAUUAUGGACCAUGUGAAACACUUCAUGUUUUCUAAAAGUCACAUCCUGGCUGAGAAUCUCUCAACUAACUUCUUUCAAAUACUUGAUUGACCAAAGAAUGUUCACAAUGCCCAAAAAUUUAACUUCUUUUUUUUUUAAUAAUAAUAAAUAGUGCAAUUCUGUCUUUCAGAGUUGCUGGUUUUCAGUAUUUGUUACUGUGCAGAUUGAGGGAACAAUUGCAGUAUUUUGGGUAGAACAAGACAGCCUUCCAAAGGCUUUGGAGGGAGUGAAGAGGCAUUUUUUGCUGUUGCUGGGUUUUGAUCUGAAAAGGAAAAGCAUUAAUGUCUUUUCUUUUAGUAAAGGUGUUUGUGAUGACAACACAGCUGGAUAGAUGUCACCUAUUUUGCAGCAAUCUAAACAUGAAAAAAAGCAACUGAGCAGGUUUCAAACAGUGCCCAGUAGGGUCACCAGCCACAUAACAAGGAGGAAGAACAGUCUCUCCAUCAUGACGUGGCUAACAAAAUUAAGGUUCAGGAUUUUUCUUUCUGCAGUUUCCUGGGUCUGAAUACACCUGGUGCCUCAGUUUCCCUGUUGAUAAAAUGGGAAUCAUGCUACUUUCUCACUUGCUAACUCUGGCGUGCUGCCAGGCUUCCCUCAUUAAUAUUCUAAGAUGCUUGCUGAGGCUCUGGGAUGAAAAUACUUCAGUAAAGUAUGUAAAUAGUGCAAAAAAAUAAUUUAGCUACUCAGAGUGGAUUAGUCUCCUUGUUUGGGUUACAGAAUUAAUGUCAUCCACUAAACACCACAUCUCUUCAUAGUGAUUUUGUUUAAUUAAUGCAUCUAUUUUAAGAAUCUAUUUAAAGAAAAAAAUUUUGAGAUUUGUGAUUAAAACUGUAAACCAUUUGUGUGGUUUUUCUUUUACUUGUAAUAACGAAUUUCCUAUAAGAUUCAUAACAACCUCAGAUCCUAUACAUUUGAAAUACAGUGGCUUUGUAAAUUCUGUUGGCAUUUUCCUUGUAUAGAGAGAAUAUUUUUUAAAAUACGUCAUUUUGAAUCUAGUAUAUUACAAAUUGAACACUGUCAAAUCCAUCUGCUAAUUGAGAAGAAUUUAUCUUGUAAUAAAAAUUAAUAAAUCCA